UGGCCUGGCUUAGUCGGACUCAUCUUCUUCUGAACGUGAUUCAGAAUUCGGAUCACAAACAUUUCACAUUCCCAGGUCUUCACAUUUUUUGUAACAAUCCCUGAUCAAACUGGCUUCUCGUGCUGCUUCUCAACGUCUUCACUUCCGCCGUCGUCCAGAAGCAUUUCCGACUUUACCAACUCGUCGCAAAUAAAAAUUCAGUAACCACAACUCUUAACUCAUAAAAACAAACUUAACCCAAAAAAGUGCUGAGGUCAGACGCAUCGGACGCGGAGAGGAAAGGUCCACGACGCGCUCUCAUUCACCACUGAUGCUCUCUCGGGGACUCCGUUAGAAGCGAUUCCCAAUACCUAUUUCCAAGUUCAUACUAUAAUAUGUGUGGUAGCGUUUGGUGAUUACCUAAGACGCGGAUCAAAGAGUAUAUGACGUGCCAAAUGUCUUCCUUGCCGUCAAUGUUAAGUAAACUGGAGGUGAGUUAGUGGGAAUAAUGUAUUUUUAAGAGCUUCUUCUUCUUCCUUUGUGCUUACAUCUUCUCCAAUGUUAUUGUUAACUGCAAUUUUCAGCCACGUUAUUUUCUGCUUGUAGUGCAAUCCUCUCCAGUCAACAGUAUAAGUAUGGCAAACCGAAUUUGCAUUAGCUUCACUGCUGGAAUAAUUACUUUGGCGUGAGAUAACUCGAAAUAUUAGUGGUGAAAGUAGUGUCAAACCUUUCCCCCAUCACUGCCAACCAACCUAGCAAGAAGUGGAUAAAGUGCCAAAAUUGUGUGUCUGAAUUGGUGAAUUGAAAAUGUUCACUGUCUUGGACGACAAUUUAUGUACUCAUUUAUAUAAUUGACUUGAGGCGGUAGCUUUUGAUCCACAAUAAAUAAAUAAUCUUGCUCACAAGAUUUUACUACGUUUUUAAUUUUGCGUGGUGAGAUGAUGGAUAGACGUUGUGGGGCCGGGUGACGAUGACAUGUGGAGAACAGGAUAACUGUGAUGCAAAAAGAAGUCGACCAACCGACGAGGAAUCUCUUGAGUCAUAUAAUCUUUAGUGAACUAAUGAUGCGUCGAUGCGACAUAGUUCUUCAUACCAAAAAGCUACUCGACGCAAGAAAGCGGAAAAAUGAGGGCUAGUUGAAGCUUUGGUGGUGGUGGUGGCGUGGAGUUGUUCAAGUGAUCUCUCGAGUGCUUUUGGGCUUCCAAACCAAAAUUGUGUUUCAAAGUUUUUGGAAAAAGAUGUACAAAAAUUUGUGGUAGUGAAACUUGUCGUAAACUCGUCAUUCCUAUAGUUGAGUGAAAUGAAAGUCGGUGUGGUCGGUGCGAGUAUCAUUUCCGCGACGUCAACAUCCAACGUCAACCUGUUCAUACUGACAAACUUCAUCUCAUAUUGUGUAUAUUAAUGAUGGAUUGUAUUUUGUUCUUGUCACCGCGAGAAGGAACAAAUUGGAGACAUAGUUUUGUUUUUGUUUUGCCGUGACAGAGAUGAAAUCCAGUUCGGGUAAGUUUUUAAGUGGUGAUCUCUGAUGAAAGCCAAGCCACCCACCACCGUUUUACAAAUACUGUCAGACUCUUGCAUCCGUGGAUGAACAAUAAUGAGCUAUCCAUGACGAAAAGACUAUUAUGUACUCAGACUACUGCAACUGCGACGACCAAUAGUGGGUGCAUUGGUGCUGGUGGAUUUGGACCCCACCGCAGAAUGUGGAUUGUUCUGGGUACGUGGUACGUUUUCUGGAUACUUUCAUCCGCCAGUGUAACUGACAACACUUUUUGGGAAAAUGAGACAUCCACAACACCACCACCUCGACGAGAUGAUAAUACUGCAAAACUCGUGUCACAGAUCCUGAAGAAUUACGACAUCCGACUGCGACCUAAAUUCGCUGGUGACCCGCUAUAUAUUGGGAUGGACAUUACCAUUGCGAGUUUCGAUGACAUUUCAGAAGUGAACAUGGAUUACACAAUAACAAUGUAUCUUAAUCAGUACUGGAAGGAUGACAGACUUGCAUUUAGCACGAACGAUGAACAACUCACACUUUCUGGAGAUUUUGCGGAAAAGAUUUGGGUGCCGGACACUUUCUUUGCCAAUGAUAAGAAUAGCUAUUUGCAUGAUGUUACCGAGAAGAACAAAAUGGUUCGUCUAGCUGGAGAUGGAAGUAUAACUUACGGGAUGCGUUUCACAACAACUCUCUCGUGCAUGAUGGACCUGCACUAUUAUCCGUUAGAUUCGCAGAAUUGCACCGUGGAGAUAGAAAGCUAUGGAUACACUGUUGCAGACGUGGUAAUGUACUGGAAAAUGCCGGGCGUAAUGGGGGUGGAGGACGUGAAAUUGCAACAAUUUCGAGUUAUUGGGCACGAAACGAAUGAUAAGCUUGAAAAUCUUGCUACCGGUGUGUAUCAACGGCUUUCGCUUUCUUUUGGACUUAAAAGGAACGUGGGAUACUUUAUUUUCCAAACUUAUCUCCCAUCCAUCCUUAUCGUCAUGUUAUCGUGGGUUUCAUUCUGGAUUAAUCACGAGUCCCCACCUGCUCGCGUUGCUUUGGGAAUCACAACUGUGCUAACCAUGACCACGAUCAGUACCGGAGUCCGAUCAUCGCUUCCACGAAUUUCCUACGUUAAAGCUAUAGACAUUUACCUUGUGAUGUGCUUCGUCUUCGUGUUCGCAGCUCUACUCGAAUAUGCUGCAGUCAACUACAAUUUUUGGGAGGCCAAGACAGCCGCAGCUCAAAAAGCAGUGAAAAUGGCAAAAAAAGCAAAACUGAAAGCGAUAGCUCUGUUAAAGAAAAGUACGCGCGGUGAGAAGCAAAAGCUGGGUGCUCGAGUCAAGUCCUUCUUUGGCAAGGGUAAAAAGAGGGACGGGACGAAUGGAGAAGAUAAGGCGAAGGCAAGAAAAAGGGGUGUGGAUGGGGAAGUAGUCGGUAUUGAGAUAACUGAACCGAGUCCAGUACCACAAUUAAUACCGCCAUCACCAGCAUCAUCAUCUCUCCAAGUAACGCCAUCAACAUCAACGUCCAAGCUGCCCAUUCCUGCCAUCAGUGUCCCUCCAAAACUAAGUCGUCCCCCAUCCCUCAAACGGGACAAAGCACCACUCGCGGUGCCAGAGAUUCCCAAAGAACUGUUGGCUCUGACCCCAAUGACCGGUCCUCCUACUCUAACUCCUCAAGUCUCUAUCGAGGUCAGCGAAACGAGUUCACUUUCUCUCCCGAUCCCGAGAAUGGUGAGAAGUACAAGUUUCUCUGGGACCUCAGGAGUGGAACACCCCUCACAUUUAACGGUGGUUCCACCACCCCCAAAAUUUGUACAAUUCCCUGUCCUCAAGAAGCAUGGACCGACAUGGAGACAGCGGAGAGAACGACUAGGACAAAGCGUAAAGAAAAAAGCCCACGCAAUUCAGAAACGACUCCCCUCUGCCAAAGAUGAUGUCAACAUUAUCGACAAAUUUUCAAGAAUCGUAUUCCCCAUUUCUUUUCUCCUUUUUAAUGCUAUAUACUGGAGCUACUAUUUCGUUAACUCGUGAACAUUCUUUGCUUACAAUGGAAGGAAAGGAAACAAUUGUGUAAUCAUGUAACAACUAUCGCGUGAAUUGUUUUUAGGUUAUUAUUUGUACCAAAUAUCAUGUAUGUAUAAAUACACAAUAUGGAAUGUGUAACUCGAGAAUAGGGUAUGAUUAGAUUUCACUCAUUGUGUUCCACGAAUAAUUUAAUUAACUUUUUAAUAAUAAAUAAUACAACCGCGCUACGACGCCAA